AGAAAGGGGUCACAAAAGUGUCACCCAAAAAGCGUUGGCGUUUACUAUAAAAGCACGCAGAACUUUCACUUGGCAUUACAUUCAGCGAUUUGUCUGAGAAGUGUUCUAAUACAAGAAACAUUUCAGUUCUGUGAAUUAUCUUAGGAUGUUUGCAAAGAUCUUUCUGUGCUUCCUGGCUUUGGGGUCUGCCAUUGCCCAAGAAUAUUCUGAUGAUCAAACGGCAAGAGAGCAGCAAUAUUCUCCAAGCUAUUCUCGCCAAUAUUACAAUCCUAAUGAAUACGACACUGCUAGAGCUGAGCCCUAUGACUUUGGCUUCCAGAGCACAGAUGAAUAUGGGACCAUUAUGAACCGUCAAGAGUCCUCUGACAACAACGGUGCUGUUCGUGGUAGCUACGGUUACACUGAUCCCUAUGGUGUCUUCCGUCAUGUGGAUUACGUUGCCGAUGAGUAUGGAUUUAGGGCUGAAGUGAAAUCAAAUGAGCCUGGAAUGGGAACACAAAGCCCUGCCAACGUACAGAUAUAUGCCGAGCCCCCACCAGCUGGUGUGAUUGUUGAACGACCCUAUUACCAUCCUCAGCAGCAUCUUCAAGGUGCCCAAGCUGGACAAGCUUCAGGACAGCAGCCUUCAAGGAGAAACCCAGCAGGUGCAGCUACUAAUACCGCUAACCGUCAGACAAGGCCAGUUCGUGUUGUUCCAGUAGCUACCGGCACUAGAACAUCAGUUUAUCCCUAUGUUCCACCUCAGCCAAAUGCAUUCUCUACCAACGCCGUAAAUAGUAACCAAUAUCCGUCUACAGUCAGCAACCAGUACGCCGCCAACAAUGCUGCCUCAGCAACCAGCGCUAGCCAGUAUCCAUCAGCUACAGGAUACCAAGCCUCUUCCAGUUCUUAUCAGAGCCGAAAUCCGUAUUUGGGCACCCAGAGUUAUGCUUCCCAGGCCAGCAGCCAGGUCAGAAGUGCAAGUGCAUCUGCUUCUUCAUCUUCUGCCCAGACACCAAUUGUGGCCAGACCUUAUGAUGGGCCCACUUACAAAGUUGGAAACCCCCAUGUAACAGACCUCGUGAGGGCCGAAAGAGAAGAAAGUGGAUCCAUUCUCCUACCAACCGUUGUCACAACCGGAAAUGCACCAACAACUCUGGUCAAGCAUAUCCAUGCCUAUCCUGCCGCCCCAGUAACAAAGUAAAUUGAUUUAGAUGAAAGAAGGACUAUGACUUGUUUCUAGCAAAGGCUGUAAUUACUGUCGUUAUUUACCAGUAAUGGUUAGUAGUAACACAGCCUGAAGUAGCUAUUUUCACUCGGAGCCAGUUGGAAAAGGUUUACCUUUCAUUUUGCACUUCAAGAUCUUAGCUUUGUAAGAUGCAGCAGCUGCUAUUUAUUCUUGUGGGUAUUUAAUAUUUUUAACUUUUGUAUUUAUUCUAUUUAUUUGUACAUGAUAUACUCUCAGUAAUGAUGAAAGCCGAAUUUUUCAUUUUUUAUUUUCAGCAAUAUUUCUGUUAAUUAUUUGUAUCUUUCUUCUUAUUUUUCUGCUUCUGUGCAGUAAAUGUAACUUAUUUAUACUCUGAAAGUUAUACGUAUAAUAUUAUACCUUUACAAGCUAUGAAAGAUAUGUGCAUCCUGUUUUGCUUUUUCAGAGGCAGCUUUUUUUAUUCAAAUGAAAUAAAAUAUUUAUUCAAUGCAAUGU